AUGUCUCAUGAAUUCACCGAAGCAGAGAUUGGUGUCUUUCAAGAGACCUUCUCACACUUUGACGUGGAUGGCGAUGGUGUGAUCUCCAGGAAGGAGCUGGGGACAGUCAUGCGCUCCCUUGAGCACAUUCUGGUCCACCUCCAGGAGACCUUCACCGAUGAGAAGGUGGAGGACAUGGUCAAGGAGGCUGACAUGGAUGGAGAUGGGAAAGUCACCUUUGACGAGUUUGUGAGCAUGCUGGCAAAGAAGGAAGCAUCAUAAAGGAGAGCAGCUCUUGUCUUGGUACAGAUUGAGAUUAUGGAU